CCUCCGAGCAGCCGCUGCAGCGCCUGUCAGAUCACGACGAGCUGCAGGAUGGAGACUUCAUCGAGGUCAUCGUCGCAGGAUCGGCCUCGGUGACCCAGAUGAGGAUCCGUCCCCACUCCCUGGUGGUCCAGUCAUACCGGACUCCCACUUUCUGUCACCACUGUGGAGAAAUGCUGUGGGGUCUCGUUCGACAGGGGUUAAAAUGUGACGGCUGUGGAUUAGACUUCCAUAAACGUUGUGCUUUCCUGUUGCCUAAUAACUGUAGUCAAGCGCGGCGGCAGGUUAGCACCAGCUUCUCUCUGUUUCCUCCCCGACGCCCCCCUUCACUCUCCCUGUCCAAUCAGACAGGAGGCAGUCUGGAGGAGAUCAGCUUGUCCAAGCCCUCAUCCAGGCCUCCCUCCUGGGUGGAGCCUCCGGUCUGGCUGGGAGUCGGGUACGGUGACAAGAGCGGGACUCGGGUCCCUCACACCUUCCACAUCCACAGCUACACCAAACCCACCGUCUGCCAGUACUGCCAUCGACUGCUCAAAGGGCUCUUCAGACAGGGGUUGCAGUGCUCAGACUGCAGGUUUAACUGCCAUCGGCGUUGUGAGCGUCUAGUCCCCAGAGACUGUCCAGGAGAGAGGAAAGGCAUCAACGGGGAAGAAUCCACAGCAGCUGGGCACAGCUGUCCACCAGACCCAGAUGACACCGAGUCAGAGCUAACCAGUGUGAUGACACUAGAUAACUCUGAUGAUGAGAUGUCCAAUGAUGGAGACUUGCUGGCUGAGACCAAUGAGGAACAGCAACCGCGAGAGCUCAUGAGCCCGUGUUUCAGCAGCAACAUCCCCCUGAUGAGGCUCGUUCAGUCGGUGCAUCACAGUAAAAGGAGAGCUGGUGGAGUCCUGCGAGAGGGAUGGCUGCUGCAUCACACCAACACCGACACACUGAGGAAACGUCAUUACUGGGUCUUGGACUGGAAGAGCAUCACCCUGUACCAGAAUGAGAGCAGCACCAAAUACUACAAGGAGAUCCCUCUGUCUGAGGUGCUGCAGGUCCGAGGUGCCGCCCAGCUCUCCGUGCCCUCCUUGCCAGGCAGCAGCGCCCACUCGUUUGAGGUGGUGACGGCCACGCUGGUGUACUGUGUGGUGGCCAGAGAGGAAGGGCCAGUCUGGGAGAACGCCAUCUGCCAGGCUCUGAGGCCCGUGCAGAGCAGUGGAGGACAUGGAGAGGAGGAGCAGGAUCAAUACUCACACAGAGACAGCGCGGACGUCAGCUCAGUGUACCAGAUCUUUACAGAUGAGGUGCUCGGUUCAGGACAGUUUGGAGUGGUGUACAAAGGUACUCACAGGAAGUCGGGUCAGCCAGUCGCCAUCAAAGUAAUUGACAAGACGCGCUUCCCCACCAAACAAGAGACGCAGCUGAGGAACGAAGUGUCCAUCCUGCAGAAUCUGUCCCACCUUGGCGUCGUUCUGCUGGAGGGGAUGUUCGAGACUGUCAAGCACGUCUUUGUUGUCAUGGAGAAGCUCCAUGGGGACAUGCUGGAGAUGAUUCUGUCCAGUGAGAAAGGCCGACUCCCUGAACGCAGCACUCGCUUCCUGGUCAUGCAGAUCCUCGAAGCUUUGCGGUAUCUGCACUUCAAACAUAUCGCUCACUGUGACCUGAAGCCUGAGAACGUGCUGCUGGCCUCUGCAGACCCUUUUCCUCAGGUGAAGCUGUGCGACUUCGGUUUCGCCCGCAUCAUUGGUGAGAAGUCGUUCCGUCGUUCGGUGGUGGGGACGCCGGCUUACCUUGCGCCCGAGGUUAUCAGCAGCAGCGUGUGGUCCGUGGGUGUCAUCAUGUACGUGAGCCUGAGCGGCACGUUCCCCUUUAACGAGGAUGAGGACAUCAGGCAACAGAUCACCAACGCCGCCUUCAUGUACCCGCGCCAGCCCUGGGCCUCCAUCUCGCUGGAGGCUGUGAGUCUCAUCAGUAACCUGCUGCAGGUGUCGGUGAAGCGGAGGUUCAGCGUGGGCAAAGCCCUGGGACACCCCUGGCUGCAGGACUUCCAGCUGUGGUGUGACCUCAGGCAGUUCGAGCAGAGGAUGGGCUGCAGGUAUCUAACGCACAGAGACGACGAGCAGCGCUGGGCAUGCUAUGCCCAGGAGAGAGGCCUGGAUUUCCCUUCUCACCUCUGCUGGGACCCCGACAAAGACUGACAUGUGACCGUAACAGGGGAGUUAAAGGCCUCAUGCAUGGCACACUUCUGCUUGAACUUCUCAGCCAAGUGAUCGAGUCUCUCCAGGCGGCGGAUCUCAGUGAGCAG